CGCAUCGCCACUCAACGCAAACAGUGCUGGAGAAAUUUUUACAGACAUUUUUGCAGUAAUUCUCGCAACUUUGUAUUUUCCCAUCGGAAUUUGGUUGUCUGGAGCAGGUUUCUUUCUCAGCGGGCAAAAUGGUGAUGCAAGGGCUGACAUGGAAGUCGCUGAAGAAGAACCCCUCGCUGAUGCCCCUGUUCUUCUUCGUCGGGGCGGGCUCCGUCAUGGCCCUGGUGUACGUCAUCCGGCUGGCCACGCGCCACCCCGAGGUGACCUGGACGCGGGCCAACAAGAACCGGCCGUGGGACGCCUACGCCGACAACAAGCAGUACAAACUGUGGAGCGACACCAUCGACUACAAGAACCUUCCCCCCAUCCCGGCCCCCAAGCUCGACUGAGUUGAUGUCCAGCGGUUCAUGUAUGCACGGGGUAGUGUGAAAAGCGUAGCACUUUAAUUUCUGUGUGGUGAUGCAUUUCUUGGGAUGAAAAAAUACGUAGUCUGUGUUUUUGCUGGAAUUUGGAUGUCGAAACAAGUGUACAGUGAUCACGGCCGUGUCUGGCGUUUCCUGCGCUACCUUAAAUGCGUUGUGUAUCCAGUAAAUUCGCUACAGAUG